CUUAUACUUACAGAUGAUGAGAAGCCUUUCCCAGUAUACUGUGAUAUGGCCGCUGGAGGUGAGUAAUUCAGUUUCAUCUUAAUUGAUUCAUUCAGUGAGAAAAUUGCAUUUUCGCGCCCGUGAAAUACCUAAAAGAAAGCCUUCCCUAACACAAAAAACAUUAAUGAAAAUAUAAUUGAGAUUUGCAGAUAUCUAUAGACUGGGACGUGAAAACUGAAGUAUCCAAAUAGAUAUCACUCUGCUUCGGGCGACUCGGAAAUGGGUGUUUUGCCAACAUACAUAUAUAGUUGCGUAAAGAUGGUAAAUUCGAAGUAAAAGUCUCGACCUGGUGGUGUGCCCGAAUGAAUACUCUGUAUCCAAAUGAAAGCUACUGACUGUUAAAAAUUCAUAUAUACUUGGCUGCGAGGGCUUAAGGCUCAGCAAUGAAUAGUAUUUGUAUUAUUCCCCCAAGCCUCGGAGCCAAGUAUGAAUUUUAAUACAUCAUGAUCAAAAUUGGUCUAUUCCUUUGUUCUUAUACAGACUUUUUUUUUUCCUGCUAUUUGUAGGCUGGACUAUGGCGUUUAAGGCUGUGUCUGGAGUGAAUAAAAACGUGUAUAGUACAUACACAUCUGAUCAGACAUCCUCUGAAAAAGUCUUUGCAGCUCUUGAAGUCACUAACAGGCACUUUAACCACUACAAAAACAGGAUCGUUUUAAAGUGGCAAAACAUUGGACCAAUGGAGGUAUUAUAUAUUUCACUUUAUUUCCGCUGUGACAUUGCGUUCAUAAAUCUGCCAGCUAAAUGCCCUAUCUGCUCUACAUGCAUGACAGACCGGGUCUCACAGGCUCCUGCAGGUUGCUCGUGGGCCACAAGAGAAUGCGUGGAAGCGUACGUGGAAGCGUACGUGAAAGCGAGUGACCUGGAGCGUCUGAAAAUCAGGCUAGGCAAACGUUUGAUGGGGAAGAAAAAGGCGCCUUCUACCUCGUGUGUCCUUCGCGAUUUCGUGCGCCUUUAUCCCCCCUUGCCCUUCGCAGGGUAUUGAUGCCAUGUCUUCUACUUUUGUCAGGCCGGAAAUUGCAUAUAAUGAUCCCGUAUUAAAUGAAAAUACUUACUGCAAAGAAAAUAUAUAUAAUAGUCAACACCUUAUAAAUAAUAUAAUUUCGUUUUCUUUUUGUUUGUUUGUUUGUUUUUGUUCCUACUUGCGUGUCUGUCAAGAGCAAAGCAAUUAAUUUAAUUUAAUUAAUUUCAAAGUUAGUAGAAUUAAGGCCUCGUCCAUACGAAUCCGGACAUUUUUGAAACCACAUAGUUGCUUAUAACCAGAUUGGUGUAGACGGGGCCUCAAACCACCCUGGAGAAACACUUAGAAAUUCUCUGGAGAGCGGUUUCAAAAAUAUGCGGUCUCGGUGAGCAUAUUCACUGGUUUCGUGUGGACAGGAGCCCAUGCCAGUGUGAAAAAAAGGCCGACUCGAGUAAAAAUAUAAGCGGUUUAAAAAAUAUCCGGAUUCGUGUGGACGUGGCCUAAGAAUUCAGUUAAAUUCUAUUUUUGCUUGAUUUCCUAAAGGCGAGAGUUGUCCUGUAUAAAGGAGGAAAGGUGAUGAAGGAGUUGAAAUUCGAUGCCAAGGGAUCAGACAAACUCAACUGGUUUUCACUCUCCAGACUGACUCAGAGCUCCUGGACUGACAUGAAGACUCAGCCAAACAACUUCUUUUCAAUCCGUGGAGAUCCAGGCAACGGCCGUCACUUCUUCAUUAACAGUGUCUAUGCUGGAUGUCCUAAAGAUGUUGGGUGGAUUGUGAUAACUGUGCCCCCAGACUGCGAUUGGGAGAAGCGCUUCCGGCCUGGUGAGAAUGUGAUACUUUACAGCAAGCUGUCUGGUCUUACCAACUGGAACCAAUACGGUGAG